AUUUCGUUAAGCAACUGCAGUCAUUUAACUUAGGCCACUCUAAAACUAUUUCUUUCCACCUGUGGUUCUGAAGUGUGGUGAUUUUAUAUUUAUUUUAUUUUUAAAUUAUUUUUUAAAAUAACGCUGUUAGAAUGCUGUGCCUAUGUUUGUAUGUGCCAGUGCCAAAUACUUCGGAAAGGGAAUUUCAGUACUUCGAAUCACAAAGGCUGCCUGCUGAACUAAAAUCUGUGUUCAGGCUCAGCCUAUUCAUCCCUUCACAAGAAAUCUCAACCUAUCGCCAAUGGAGACAGAAAAUUGUGAAAGCCGGUGACAAGGACUGUGAUGGACAGUUGGAUUUUGAAGAAUUUGUUCAUUAUUUAAAAGACCAUGAAAAGAAACUCCAAUUAGUUUUCAAAAGCCUGGACAAGAAAAAUGAUGGUAAAAUUGAUGCGCAGGAAAUCAUGCAGUCACUGUGUGACCUGGGGGUGCACAUUUCAGAACAACAGGCGGAAAAGAUCCUUAAACGAAUUUGGAGAGGGCACCUGCGGGGCCCUAUUGCAUACAUGGAUAAAAAUGGAACAAUGACAAUUGACUGGAAUGAGUGGCGAGACUAUCAUCUUCUGCACCCAGCGGACAACAUUCCUGAAAUAAUCCUGUAUUGGAAACACUCCACGAUUUUUGAUGUAGGCGAGAGUUUAACAAUUCCAGAUGAGUUCACAGCAGAGGAAAAGCAGACUGGGAUGUGGUGGCGACAGCUCGUAGCAGGAGGGGGUGCAGGUGCUGUGUCCAGGACAUGCACUGCUCCGCUCGACCGUCUCAAGGUGCUCAUGCAAGUUCAUGCUUCUAAAGCUAACAGUAUGUGUAUCGCGGGAGGAUUUGGCCACAUGAUUAAAGAAGGAGGACUUCGAUCUCUGUGGAGAGGAAAUGGAAUCAAUGUCAUCAAAAUUGCACCUGAAUCUGCCCUCAAAUUCAUGGCUUAUGAGCAGAUAAAGCGAUUAAUUGGCAGUAAUCAGGAGACUCUGGGCAUUCAGGAAAGAUUGAUUGCAGGAUCACUGGCUGGAGCAAUUGCCCAGAGCACAAUCUACCCAAUGGAGGUUUUGAAGACCAGACUGGCCCUGCGCAAAACUGGACAAUAUUCUGGAAUGGCCAACUGUGCAAAACGCAUCUUGAAAAAGGAGGGACUUGGUGCUUUCUACAAGGGCUAUGUUCCCAAUAUGAUGGGCAUCAUCCCUUAUGCUGGAAUAGAUUUAGCCAUUUAUGAGACUUUAAAGAAUUCAUGGUUGCAGCGAUAUGCCACUGACAGCGCAGAUCCAGGUGUCUUUGUUCUUUUGGCAUGUGGCACCACGUCAAGCACUUGCGGACAAUUAGCAAGUUACCCGUUAGCACUUGUCAGAACACGAAUGCAAGCACAAGCCACCAAAGAGGGAGCACCUCAGCACACAAUGACUGGACUAUUCAGGCAGAUUCUGAGCACAGAAGGAGCAAUUGGACUGUACCGGGGCCUAGCACCAAACUUCAUGAAAGUGGUUCCUGCUGUCAGCAUCAGCUACGUGGUGUAUGAGAACCUGAAAACCACUUUGGGAGUCAAGUCUCGAUGAUGAGGCAAAGAAUACUGACUGAAGCUAAUCUUGGGCAAUAAUCCUGGGGUUUAACCAUCUCAUUCUGUGAAUGUCAUAAAACACUAUUUAAGGGGAUAAGGGGGUUAAAGGGACCACUCCCCAAGCAAACAAGUGAAUACUCUUUCUCCAACUUAGCCUUUCAUUUUUGUCAGUAUCUCAGCGCUGGCCUUGCCCUUGAAGGACUCAUUUUGUUUAGUGUUAUUUAUCACCACUUUAUUUUAUCAUUUGUGCUAUUAACAGCCGAGAACGGCCAGUAGAAUAGCAUCUUUAUUCUUAAAAGAACACAGUUGUACGUGUCAUUAACAACUUGGGAGGAAUCCUAAGAAACUGAAAUGUAUCUUUCAGAAAGGUUUAAGGAUCUCCCAAUCCCCAACCCCCAAAACGAAAUGGAACAGAUGCAUCUUUUGAGUUUUCUGGCUUCAAACAGACAAAAGAUCCACAGCAAAACGUUUCAGCAAACAUUACAGUUUAUUUAUACAUUUUAGUAACAAAGAACCUCUCACUCUUGUAACAUUUGCACAUUUCCAGAAAUAUCAUUACCAUUAUUGGUUUUAUUAUCAUGUCUGGUUUUAUCAUGCUGUUUCAGUAAACUGAAUAUUUAUUUUAUUUAUUGUUUACAGGUUUUUGAAAGGUCUAGAAUUUGGGGUAGUGGAAGCUCAAUCUUCUGGUGAAAGAACCAAAUCUUAGGUCUAUAUAAGAUUCUAUUCAGAUCAUUCUGUUACCUACCAUAAAUGGGUGAAGGUUUAUCCCAUCGUUGGAUGCUGAAGCUUUUGGAAAUUAUUCUCACAUUUUGCUGGACAGGUGGUCAACUGUUUCUUGUAGAAACCUAAAAGAUUAUCUUACAUUUCAAAAGGGGUUAAAUUAUUUAUUUUUAUACACCUUGCAAAUGCUAACAGCUAUUUAUUAGUAAUUAUGUGACCUGAAUGAGAACUGAUUGUUCUGGUCAUUUGCACGUCCUGAAAGUUAAACAGCAGUAUUCAUUUGUGUGGGUUUUAAAGUUCCUGAAAACCAUCUACUCUCUUUAAAAACUGCUUUAAGUGAGUAAAUGCAACUUUGACCUGUAGAUUUUGUUUUAAAUUCCCAAAUUGUUUCUCUAUAUGUGGAAGGGUCGUGGAAAGAAUAAAAGUUACUACAUGCUAACUUUUUCCUGCAAGGCACAAUAAUAAUAAUAAUAAUAAUCUCAUUUAAUGUAGCAAUUCUCUGCAGGAAUGUUUUUGCUGGGGAUGAAAGAAAUGGUGAAGAUGUAAAUUACAAAGAACUAAUUUCAUUGUUGAAAUAUAAUUCACAGACAUGAGCCACUUUGUUAGAAUCCUGUAAUGUUUUAAAUUGGCCAUUUAAUAUUCAGAGCUUUCGUAACAAUAGCAGUAAUUUCUGACUCUAAAAAGCAUUACAAAUUUUAGAGCAGUCAAAGAUUUGCCUUCACUUUUAUUUGGGAUAAAUUUGAGACUUGACAGUUCUGUGGCAUUCCAGCCUGGGAGAUCACAUUAACUAGUGCUGCAAAUAUGCUCUUGCCUGGCUUAUUACGUAAUUAUUUUGAUCUAUAACAAAGCAUGAAAAUUCCAGACUGCCUGUGAAUAAACCUGAUCAGCUACAGUCUGUUUUAAUUGGAGACGUUUGUAAUCGAUUAUGUUGGGAGAGGUAAUGAAAGAUGAGAUGAAAUAGUGUUGUUAGAUGCUGACAACCCCGGGGUCACAGGCACAGAGCUUGUGACUUCUGGUUUACUGAAACGUUAUGGAGUUUGCCUUUUUGUAAAAAAAAAAUUAGGAGUUGAAAAUGUGGGAUCUGCGGGGCGAGUUCUGAUGGCAGGGUUUUGGGACCAGAUGCCAUGCAUAUAAAAGUGUGGAGAACUGCAAUUUUCAACAGUCAUUUUGUGUUCUAUUAGAGAGACUGUUCCUUGUCCAUGUGUAUGUUAGAAUUCUAGGUUGUGAGAUUGAUGCUACAAUUGAGCAAAAGUCCUUUACAAUAACGUGUUUUAAAGUAUCAGCUGCUUCUACAUUCCAGCAAGUUAAAUCUUGCUGUGAUUUGUUUUAAAGAGAACAUUUCCAAAUUUCCUGCCUUGAACUAAACACAACUUACUGCCUUUUCAUGAUUCCUUAUUUUAGAAUAAUAUGCAGUACAUAAUAUUACUAUUGCGUACAUUAUCAUUUGUUUUCCAACCUUAACUUUUUUCCCUAAUUUAUAUAUUUAUUUUGGGGGAUUUAUUAAAAGUAAAUGAUGUUUGAACUGAAGUUUUGCAUAACUUGUUUGUAAUUGCUAAACAAUUGUUAACAAGGUGAACCUUGGAGUCAGUCAUGGUCACUGGAUUGCUUGUUCUAUUUUACUGCACAGAUACUGGUGCCCCAGUCGUGUUUCUGGGAUGAGACAGUUAUUCAGCUUCAGGCUGAAGACAAAAAAAAAUACACCGCAUCAUAAAUCCAGAAAAUAGUGUAUGCAGGAAUAGCAAUACUGUACUUGGUCAGUAUUGAUGUUCUUGGUUUGCUGCAAACUUGUCAUUGGAACAGUUUACACUUGGGGUAGGGGAGAGAUUCUUCAGUUUUGUGUUUACACAGGUAGUUUUCUUUAUGAAUGGGUAGGCAGAAUUAAUUUACAUUUUAUCUUGGUGGGACCAGCAGGUGUUUCUUAUUGUAAGUUUUAUUUUCUCGUGUAAAACGUCAAUCAAGUGAAUGCAGUGCUUCAUUUCUGAAUGUGUAAAAAGGGUUUGAUUUUUAAAGGAAAAAAAAAGAAAAUGUUAGUUGAUGAAUGUGAAAUAAGAAUACGUAGAGACCCUGCCUGGGGGCCUGUAAAGUUUGACUUUUUAAAAAAAAAAGCCUUCCAACAUGAAAGUGCCUCUGCAGAUCCUGACGUGUGGUUUCUGAUUGGAGUCUAUGCUGUAUCUCUCCUUAUGUUGGUUUUGAGAAUGUCCAGUGUGGUGCAGUUUCUCCAACAGAAUGGAUCCCAAUGUCUUGUAAUGCUGCUCUUCAUCUUGAGCCUUAAUUUCACAACCAAAUUAAGGUCAUUUAUUUUGAGAGUUUUAGAGCAGAGCCUGAUUUGCCAAAGGCAGUUUCUAAAAUUAUGAAUGCAAGUUGUGCAGAAUCAAUGCAAGCAAUGUUAUACGUUUAGUGUUAUUGUAGUGAAAGACUGAGCCUCAGCCUCUUAACAUAUUUAUGUUCAAAUAGGGAACAGUCUUCUAAUAAAGUUCUCUCUUCGAACAAAA